AUGGGGUUCCGUAUAAUCGUCGCCGGCGGUGGUCUAGUUGGUCUAACCACAGCUCACAUUCUCUCCAAGGCCGGUAUUGACUAUGUGAUCCUAGAGCAGCACGACAACGUCACGCCUUACUUGGGUUCGCUGCUAUCAAUAAUGCCUUCUACACUGCGAGUGAUAGACCAGCUUGGGUUAUUAGACACUUUCAAAGAGUACUGCGACGUUGUACAUCGGCUACAUUUCUUUACGGCAGAUACAGUUAAAACAAUUCGAGAUGAGACUGCGUUUUUUGAGUUAGUGCAGGCUGAUUGCGGCCAUCCUGUAGUGAUGGGACAUCGUGCCGAUAUUGCGAAAGCUCUUUACGAUUCCCUGCCCGAAGACGCGAGAAGUCGUAUACUAUUACAAAAACGUGUCACGGAUAUCAAGGUGCUUCCUGACGGUGUCGAAGUCACAUGUCAGGAUGGCCAUGUGGAAAGAGGAUCUAUAGUGCUGGGCACCGACGGAGUCAGGAGCAGAGUCAGACAGAUUAUGACAAUGCUUGAUAAAGGUGAAACAACAACCGAAAAGGAGAAGAACCCGUACAUCGCUUCACACAGAAACUUUUUCGGGGAUGUACCCAAACUCCCGGGCGUCGAAGCGGGCUUGAAUUACGAAGGACUCAGCGAUAAAGUUUCCACACAACUUCUAGUGGGAAGUAAAAGGAUGUGGUUCAAUGUAUAUGAACAGCUCGAUACACCAAGCUCUGACCACGUUCGAUAUACCGAAAAGGAUCAACAGGAAUUAUUGGACAAAUGGGGCCAUUUGUUCGUGGCUCCGGGCUACCGACUUCGUGACAUUUACGAGCACAGGAUGAAGGACACCGGGUUGAUCAAUUUGGAAGAAGGAUUGGUGGAUAAAUGGUACUCGGAUCGCAUUGUGUUAGCUGGCGAUGCUAUCCGCAAAGUCACCCCUAAUGCCGGCUGGGGUUACAAUAGCGGGUUCAUUGACGUGGUUGUCCUCGUGAAUCAUCUGCGCCAACUCCUCAAAUCUGACCCUUCGCCGACGACCGAAGCUCUGAACAAAAUCUUUAAGCAGUACCACGCGGACAGAGCCGAUUUUACACAGAAGACAUACAAGGUAUCUGCGAGGCGUAUUCGUGCUGUCGUUUGGCCGGGAUGGUUACAAAGGAUGAUUGCGCUCUGGAUUAUGCCGUAUGUCAGUCUUGGACAGGUCGAUUGGGUAUUGCAAUCAAGGGCUCUGCACCGUGAUACGCCUGUACUCGACUGGGUGGAGGAGAAAAAUUUACCUACUCAUCGCAUCAAGUAUAAGCAAUAUCCUCAAGCGGACAAGUAG